ACAGUUGAGUUCUCAGAAAAGAAACAUACACAACACACGAAAACGAAGAGGGUGAAUAUUUCAAGAGAAUACACAGUGAACUGAUCAUCAUCAUUCAUCACUGAUAAUCUGAUCUCGCCAUUUGUUUUGAUGAAUGAAGCUCCGCCACCUGUGCCUCCAACCGGCUUGCUCAAACGCUGCAAGUUCAUUUGGCGCCUUCUCAUGCUCUCUAAUCUCGCGCUUGGUGCUUUUCUAUUUGCAAGGGCAAAACGGAGAGAUUCUAUGGAAACUCAUAGAAGAACAGCACAUAAAUUGCACAAGGGAAAAACUAUUGAAGUUCCUCCUGAGCCUGAGCCUGAGCCUGUCCCAAGGUCAAUGGACAUAAAUUAUGACGAUUUCCUUGUCUCUGCCGCAACGCCUGCGGAAGUGCGGGCUCGUAUCCCUGAAGAACAACAACGUGAAGUUUUCGAGUGGAUGCUGGAAGAGAAAAGAAAGGUGAAACCUAAGGACCCUGCAGAGAAAAAACAAAUUGAUGAAGAAAAGGACAUUCUUAAAGACUUCCUCCGUGCAGAGUCACUUCCAAAGAGUUAACCUGCACUCUACUAGUAGGAAAUUAUUUUUUGUUGGAUAGAAAUGGGUUAAUGGCAUUGAAUUUCCAAGAUUUAGGGAAGCAAGCAUCAACUUAAUUUAAUCUAAGUUUGUAUUCAUAUCGUCAGUUUCCUGAGUGGUUUGAAGAAUGUAUCUCUUACUAACAGGUCCUUGGUUUGUGUUCAUACCAGCUGAACAUGUUAUGAAACACAGGAUAUUCUGUAAGAAUAUUAUUGGAGUCACAUCAACAAUUUCAUUGAAAAUUAGCAACAUUAUCCCUUACUAA